AGGGGAGGUGGGGCUGGCUUAGGUUGGAGGGUGCGGGGAGCCCCUUAGCUUUGGGGGCGUAGGACACACCUCGCCUCCUCCUCCCCAGGCUUCAGUAGCAGCAGCCAGGCUCUCGUUACCUCCUUGCUCGGCAAGACGAGGGGCUCAGGGCAUGGAAAGUGAUGGCAUCUUCCUCCUCUCUGGAGCAGGGAACAGACUCUUCCCCACCAAGAUGUGUGGGGGCAUGACUCUGCUAUCGAUGGUGGGUGGGUGGUCCUCAUUCCUCUUCUCCCCAUGCUGCUACGUGAUACCAGAUACAGAAAAACAAAACCAGUAAAAGAAGAUGAAAUGUACAGUUAUGAUGAAAGUCACACAGAAUCAAAACUUCAGCAUGAGCAAGAUAAACCAAACUCCCUCCCUAUUCCUGCAGUUUCAAAGCGAAUUGUACUUGGUGAUUCUGUCUGUAAUUUGUCAGGAACAUCUGACCAUGCAAGUGGCAUUAUAGAGCUUAAGGGAGAUAAAAAGGACUUGUUCAGUAAAGCGUCUGAGCUUGGUAAUGAUGGUACUAGUGAGCUCCGGCAUCGCAGCAGAGGGGAUCUGGUAUCAGAAGCUUCACAGAGAGCACCUCGACACAGAUUAGAUCAAUACUUAUCAAGAUUUGAUGAAGCUAUGAAGCUAAGACACCAGCUGAUGAAUGAGAAGCCUAAUCAAGAGAACGGAAAUGCAGGGGAGGAAUUUGAUUCUUUUCGCAUUUUUAGAUUGGUGGGAUGUGCACUUCUCGCCAUUGGAGUUAGAGCUUUUGUAUGCAAGUACUUGUCAAUAUUUGCUCCAUUUCUUACUCUACAACUUGCAUAUAUGGGACUGUCCAAAUAUUUUCCAAAGGGUGAAAAGAAGAUGAAAACAACGGUAUUAACUGCUGCUCUUUUACUGUCAGGAAUCCCUGCAGAAGUGAUUAGUCGCUCCAUGGAUACCUAUAGCAAAAUGGGAGACAUCUUCACAGAUCUCUGUGUAUAUUUCUUUACUUUUAUUUUCUGCCAUGAACUGCUUGGUUUUUUUGGUUCUGAAGUUCUGUGAUAGCUGUAGAACUCCAUACAACAGAAAACUUUCUGUUAUGUAUUCCUAUAUCACUGCCUAUGCCACACAAAUUUAUACCUUGUUAAUUCUUACCUAAUGAAAUGCUUGAAAACAGUUAAAUCCACUCAUAAAUGAAUGGAAGAGCAGGGUCCCGGGUUUAGGGUUGUAUUAGUACAGUUUAUUCAAUUUCUAAUGUGGAGAAUAGAGUCCAAGUGUUAGUGAUUGAUUUCUUUUGCUUAUUUAGUUAAAAGAUGCCCUUCUCACUGUACUCCUGGUGUCAUUUUCUUGUUGACUCUCUGGUGUGAGAACACACCAGUACUGAUGGGGACUCAAGUCCAAUCACAAUGUAUAACUAGUUCUGUUAUCUAAAGACUGCUCCGUGUGUGUGUCAUCUGAGGGUUUUUUUAAUCUCUACAUGAAAUGUACCCUUACAUUCUGUUGUUCAAACUCUAAAUGUUAAACAAAAAUAGCUUUCUGCAGGAGAGUUUGGUGAUGCACCACCUCGUUGUCUUCCUCUGUCGAAGUCUUCAUCCCUUCUGCAUAACUUCUUAUAGUCAUGACUUAUUUCAAGUUAGGAAACAGUAAUGAGACAAGUAAGCAAAAAAAAAUCCUGUUGUCUUACUAAUAUCAUUCUUCUAGAAGUAAUAUAAAUUGUUAGUUUCACAAUGUUUCCCUGACCAUUUGGCAGCUCUUGAAUCUAUCUUGUUAUCCUAACCCUAGUUUUACCCAUGCUUUCAUCUCAACCCUUGAUUACAAGUUCACUUUAUACAGUGAAAGCUGCACCCAAGAAGCCCAUGCCUCAAACAGUGCUCCGAAUGUAUCAUACAUGUCUGUGCUCUUUUGGUGAAUCAUGAAUUAACCCUGGGCUAUGUAUGUUUGUUUUCUGUUUUCUUACAUAAACUUUGACUAUGUAUGUAUUUUUCUGUAUUUCUAUCCUUUUGUUUGUUAUUGAAGACAUUUGCCUAUAAACAGAAUAACAGCAUACCAGAA